GGUCCAACCUCAGCCCCUCUCCGCCGCCGCCCCGCCGCCGUGGGCACUCGUCCCCAUAAGCCCAGCUUCUCGAAGAAUCGAGCUCCUUCAUCGGGCCCCACGCCUCCGAUCCCUUUUAAUGUCCAGCCGCAGGCCGGAGAGUAUACAAAGGAGAGGUUGUUGGAGCUCCAGAAGAACGCUCGGCCUCUCGGCAGCCUGCCGAGGCCUCAGAAACCCGAUAGCCCGUCGAAAUCCGAACCCGUUAUCGUCCUUAAAGGCCUCGUGAAGCCCACAUCGUCUCCUAUUGAUCCGGCCCCUAAGCCGAGAAAGGAAGAGGUGGAGGAGGAAUCAGAUGGGACAGAGGAAGAUAAGUUUGCGAAAUUGGGUAUUGAUGGUAGAGGAAAAGGUUUGUCUUCGAUACCGAGCCAGGCUCAUAUAGCUGCCAUUAAAGCCCGGAGGGAGAGGCUCCGGCAGAGUCGUGGGCCGGCAGCGGAUUUUAUAUCACUUGACAGCGGAGGAGUGAUGGCUACUCGGGCAUCGGAUGGUGGGUCUAGUGAUGAGGAGGAUCAUGAAUUUAGAGGUAGGAUUGCUUUGUUUGGUGAUGAAGGGGAUGAGCAAUCGAAAAAGGGUGUUUUCGAGGAGUUUGAGGAGAGGGCUCCAAUUGUUGAUACUAGGGUUGCUGGAGAGAUUGAAGCAGAGGAUGAUGAGGAUGAAGAGGAGCGGAAAUGGGAAGAGGAGCAAUUUCGAAAGGGGCUUGGGAAAAGGAUUGAAAUCAUUGAGGAAGUAUCUGUCCAUAGAGGGGUUAGCGGUGUUCAGCCUCAGAUGCCACCGCCACAGAAUUUAUAUCAUGCUGUUGGUCCUCGGCCGUUGGUGCCUGGAAGUAUGCCUUUCUUUCAGACAAUGUCGAUAUCUCAACAGGCGGAGAUUGCUACACGGGCUCUCAAGGAGAACAUCAUAAGGCUGAAGGACUCUCACAAGCGAACAAUGGAUUCCGUGGCGAAGACAGAUGAAAACUUAGCAGAUGCUCUUUCUGAUAUCACCACGUUGGAGAAGUGCCUUCAAGAAGCCGGGGACAGGUAUAUUUUCAUGCAACAGCUCCGAGACUUCAUUUCUGUGACAUGUGAUUUCUUGAAGGACAAGGCUUUGUUGAUAGAGGAGCUGGAGGAGGAGAUGCAGGAGCUCCAUGAGAAGAGGGCAGCAGCUGUGGAAAAGAGAAGAGCUGCUGAUAUCGUGGAUGAAACCGGGGAAGUUGAGUCUGGGGUUAGUGCAGCCAUGUCGGUUCUCAGCAAAGGCUCUGGGCCUGCUUAUGUAUCUGCUGCCACAAAUGCAGCACAGGUUGCUUUAGCUGCAGUGAGAGAGAGCUCGAAUUUGCCGGUUCAAUUGGAUGAGUUUGGAAGGGAUGUUAAUCUACAGAAGCGUAUGGAUUUCUCACGGCGAGCUGAGGCAAGGAAGCGAAUAAGAGCGCGGGCUGAUUCUAGAAGAAUGACUUCUAUUGGCAAGCAGUUAGAAGGAGAGGUUACCACCGAUGAGAGUGACCGUGAGAGCACUGCUUACACUUCUACAAGGGAUGAAUUGCUUCAAACAGCUGAGCAAAUCUUUAGCGACGCAGCCGAUGAGUACUCAAACCUUUCUGUUGUUAAAGAAAGGUUUGAGAGAUGGAAGAAGCAUCACUUCUCAAGCUACCGAGAUGCCUACAUGUCUUUGAGUGCACCUGAUGUCUUCUCUCCAUAUGUGAGAUUGGAGCUUCUGAAAUGAGACCCUCUUUAUAAUAUGACCGAUUUCGAAGAAAUGAAAUGGUACAAGCUUCUUUUUGAUUAUGGGUUACCAGGAAGAGAUGAAGAUUUUGAUCCUGAAGAUGCCGAUGCGAAUCUUAUCCCAGAGCUAGUAGAAAAGGUAGCUCUCCCCAUCUUGCACCAUGAAAUCUUACACUGUUGGGAUAUGUUCAGCACAAAAAGAACGGAGAAUGCUGUAUUUGCCACUAAUUUAGUCGUCACAUAUGUUCCAGUCUCGAGUAAGGCCCUCCAAGAGCUACUAUCAGUUGUUUGCUCUCGGCUCACGCAGGCCAUUACCGACCUCAGUGUUCCGGUGUGGAGCUCCGUCGUGACGAGAAUUGUGCCUGGUGCUGCUCAAUUAGCUGCUUAUCGAUUUGGGACAUCAGUUCGGCUCCUGAGGAAUAUUUGUCUGUGGAAAGAUGUACUGUCACUGCCAGUUCUAGAGAAGCUUGCUCUUGAAGAGCUCUUAAAAGGGAAGUUACUCCCUCAUAUGGAAAGCAUAAUGUCGAAUGUCCAUGAUGCUAUAACUAGAAUGGAGAGGAUUGUUGCAUCAAUGUCAGGGGUUUGGUAUGGGCCUGAGGUCACAGUAAAUCACAGCAAGAAGUUGCAGCCUUUGGUUGAUUGCGUGGAUAAACUAGGUCGGAAGUUGGAGAAGAGGCAGGCGUCAGGGGUGAGCGAGGAGGAGACCGUUGGGCUUGUUCGGAGAUUGAAGACGAUGUUGGUUGAGUUGAAUGCGCAUGAUAGAGCUAAAUCUUUGCUGAGGACCUUUCAUCUGAAAGAAGCAAUUUGAACAAGCAUUGUAGGACCAAUUUUUGUGCACCUUGUAUCAAAGAGGCAGCCAGGAUUCUGAAUAAAAAAUAUUUCAGUGGAGGUACUGUUUCUGCUUAAAUAGCUGAUGUUGACCUUGUAAAUAGAAGGGAAAGCAUCGAGCAAUUGCUUGAAGAUGGCACACUUCCAUUCUUGAGCAUAGCUUCCAUUCGUCACGGGUUCAAAAUAAUUGAUUCUUUGACUAUAUCUUCUAUUGCCCGGCAUACAGCAUCUCUUGCCACCUAUGUGAGGAAUGCUAUAGUGAGCUUGAAGCAUGAGAAUGGAUCAGAUCUCUGCACACUUUAUGGAAGCAACAUGAC